CAUUUAUCAACUUCAAGAUUUUAACUUAGUAAUAUAAUGUUGAUUGAGAGCAAUUGAAGAUUGCAACCAAACAUUGCAUUAAGUCUUUCACUUAGCUCUAUUCUACUUCUCUCAUUUCAACAAUUCAGUUAUCAUGAUGAAGGCAAAUAAGCAACAUUUCUAUUCUAAUUUAAGCAUUUUUCUACAUAUCAUGUUGCUUCUUGUCAUUUUCUCAUUUUCAUUUUUAAUUUCCAAAUCCUUUGCCUUCAUUCUUACAAUACCUAUUGCUCUUCUAUCUAUUGUGUUUUUUGUCACCUUGAAAAAGAAAAAAGUUUCUAAAAAUGAAGAUCUAGUUCAAGAAAAGAUGUUCAAAGAGAAGUUGCAACCACCAUUUGAUGUUGGUAAAACUGAAUUUAAUCAACAAAGUGGAAUUCAUGAGAAUCAUGAGGGGCAAGACGGAGCAAAAUUGGGGUAUUCAUUUCCAUUGGAUAGUGAAAGUAGAAAUUUCUUAGUCAUGAAUAAAACUUUUGAGUGCAAUGUUCAUGAGCAAAUGCAAGAAGAUGAUUUGCAAUCAGAUUCUUCACUUCCAUCAGAUAGUGAAAGAAGUAUUAUCUUAGGUGCAACUUUUGAGAUUGAUUACAAUGAAUAUCAAAAUGUGAGUAGUUGUGAUGGCUUAGAUUCUGACACCGAUGAUGGAGAUGGUGAUUAUAAGUAUGGAAAAGAUAACGACGAUGAACAAUAUUGUAACAUAGAUAGUAAAGAGAGUAGUUUACUCACAUACACAACUUCGAUCUAUCCUAUAUCAGAUGAGUAUGAGGACGAGGACGGAGAGGAUAGUCUCAUUGAAAUCCACCUUCCAAACGGGAAUUUUUCUAACUUAGCCCAUGAAUCUACGCAAAAAAUGGAGUCCGAAUUGUUGGAUUUUCUUUGGGAGUCCAUUUUCAUGCAACAAAAUCUCAUGGAGCUUUUAUCAGAAACUAAUGAUAUGAAUGAGGAUGAAAACUUAAUUGAGAUUGAUAUUUCCAUGUGAUCAUUCAAUAGUCAAGAUUUCAUAAGGAAAUCAAUGUGCUUUAAAGGAUAGAUCCUUAUUUAUAGGUUUUUUGUUAGGCAUUAUUUUUAAUCUUGAAGUUUAGGAAGAUUUUGUGCUUGUCUAUUAUGUUGACAUUUUGAUUCCAAAAGGCCUCGGUAGUUGUAAGAUUAUGUGUUCCAUGCUUAGCAUUUUUAAGUUUCUUCACAUCAAAAUUAAAACUAUGAAGUGCAAUAUUAUUGAAAAAAUGUAAAAAAGUGUU